AUGCCCUGCCACGUUGCAUUGAUCGGAGUCGGCCUCGUCGGGAAGCAAGUCGUGCACCAACUGAGCUCGCCCGCACUGUCGCCCCUGUUCCGCAUCGUGUCGCUCUCCAACUCGAAGCACACCGUCUCGAUCGAGCCCUCCUCGUCGACCCUCCCCGCCGAGGACCUCCUUGCCCUCUUGCCCGCUUCCUCGGCCGCCCUUCCCUCGUCGUCGUCCCACCCCGGAGCAUCUUACUCAUCCGCGAACCCAGAACAAGUCGUCAAGGACCUCGCUCACGCGUCCAAGCAGUCCAAGACCUCGACGAUCCUCAUCGACUGCACCUCGGACCUCUCCGUCACGCAAUUGUACCCUUUGGCCAUCUCGUCCGGUCUUUCGGUCGUGACCCCGAACAAGAAGGGGUUCUCGUCCUCGAACGAGUUGUGGCAACAGAUCCUCGAAGCGCAGAACGCUCCCGGUGCGGGGUUGGUCUACCUCGAAGCGACGGUCGGUGCCGGUCUCCCCAUCAUCUCGACGUUGAGGGAUUUGCUCAAGACUGGGGACGAAAUCACCAAGAUCGAGGGGGUCCUUUCGGGUACGUUCUCGUACAUCUUUAACGAGUUCUCCAAACCCGGCGUCAAGGGAGGACCCAAAUUUUCCGAAGUGGUCAAAAUCGCCAAAGCGAAUGGGUAUACGGUGAGUCGACCAGUUCCUCGAAGGUUGAUGCAGUCGUCUGGUACUGAUUCUUGCCUGCAUACGAUGUGUGCAUAGGAACCCCACCCGGCCGAUGAUCUUUCGGGUUCGGACGUCGCUCGCAAGUUGACGAUCCUCUCACGCCUGAUCUCGGCCAACCCUUCUUCGCUCCCUGCGCUCCCUUCGUUCGCCGAAGGAUACGUUUCCCUACCUACGCAAUCCCUCAUCCCUAAAGCGCUCGAAGGUCUUGCUUCCGGAACGGAGUUUGUCGAAAAGUUGCCCGAGCAUGAUGAGGAAUUCGAUACGCUGAGAGCGGAAGCGGAGAAGGAGGGCAAGGUGUUGCGGUAUGUCGGGGUGAUCGAUCGUAUGGCUGGGAUUGCCAAGUGCGGAUUAGAAAAGUGAGUGGCUGUUACCUGGGGCUGGUCGUGAUUCUCUCCACAAGCGAAAAGAGCGCUGACCGAAAAGCCUGUUUCGACAGAUACCCCGCCGCACACCCUUUCGCCUCCUCUCUCUCGGGCGCCGACAACAUCCUCGCGUUGCACUCGCACCGCUACUCCAACAGUCCUUUGAUCGUCCAAGGUGCCGGUGCGGGAGCGGAGGUGACGGCCAUGGGUGUCGUUGCGGAUGCGAUCAAGGUCGCGGAGAGGACGGGCGUUAGGGUGCAUCUUUAG